AUGGAUCACCCUGACGUGCCUCCAUCGAGUUUUGAGGCGUUCGCCGAUGCAUACCGAGCUGCGCGCUCGCUAGAUACGGACGCGCAGCUCAGUGCGGAGGCCGGCACAGCGCUGGUCUUUGCUGAUGUGUGUGCGGAGCGUGCGCGAUCUGCCCAGGACCCGACGGCUUCAGAUCUAGUCCAUGCACUGGAUGAUCGUGAUGCAGAGGCGUGGGCGACCGAAGCGCAUACGUGGAAGCUGAUUCAUGCUCUCUUUAGCGAGCGUUUGGUGGAGCCACGCCUUGGCCUCGUUUCGCCGCCUGCCAACCAGUACGAGACGCCACUGGCGACCGUCCAGCGUGUCCUGGAAGCCAGUCCCGAAUUGGCAGAAUUAAAAAUCAUUCGUGAAUGGCUGCAAGAGGUGCUGCCUGUGCGCCAUGGUGUCGAGGUUCGCAAGGGCUACAUGCCCUUUACGAAGAAUGCGCUGCGGGCCGAAAAGCGUACACAGGUCGGCCAAACACCUCUUCGCCGUGGGCGUGAGAAGCUUGUGCAGCAAUUGGAUCCGGAUGCUGCGCUUCGUGGGCCUGGCGCUUGGGACGUCGAGGAUGUGCACUAUGAAAAGGCGCUUCUUCGACAUCUGUUUGAAUAUGUGCGAGCGGGUGAUUUGGACUUGGCGCUUGACCUCUGUGUCCAAACCAGCCAGCCGUGGCGAUCGGCCUCGUUGCGUGGCGCGAUUUUCUAUCAUGACCCGACGUUGUGCCCGCCGUCGGAGCAUGUCACCGAGCCCUUGGGAUCUCGGACACGAAGUAUUUGGCGCCGCAUUGCCAAGAAGGCCGCCUCCAACGUGGCGCUGGAUCCGUACGAGCGUGCGCUAUACGGUGCGCUAAGUGGCGAUCUCGCUUCGGUCCUGGCUGUAAGUGAGUCUUGGGAAGAGCGGCUGUGGGGCUACGUCAAUGCACGCUUUGAGCAGUUGCUGGAGCAGCAUGUCAAUGCGGCGAUGCCCUCCCAUACCCUGGCCGACACACUGGAUAGCAAGUGUCUGGCGGAAGAUACGACAGCCGAAUCGUCGGAAAGCUUGGAUUCCAUCUUUGAGCAGCUUGCGCAGGCCACACCUACCGCGUCCCAGGAUGCUUUGGAUCCGUACCACAUUGUGCAACGGGCUGUCAUUACCGACAGUGUGCCGGACCUGCUCGCGCGUGUCAAUGCGCGUUUGCCAGAGAUGGAGCAGCUAGCGCCGCAUGUCUACGCCCGCCUUGUGCGGUUCUUUGCCCAUCUCACGCUGUUUUGCCACUUGGUCCAUGUGCCCUUACCUGUGCCCCUUCGUACGCCGAUUCUUAAUGCGUACGUGGGUGUGCUGCAGCGCGCCGGUGAAAGCAGUGAGCUCGUGGCGCUCUACGCCUCGAGUUUGGAGGAAGACAAUGCGAAUCAUGUGUACGCCGACUUUCUGUGUGCUAUGGACCCAGACGCAUCGUUGGAGGACCGACGUCGUGCGUUGCUGCAAGCGCAGCCACAUGGCUUGGAUCCAGCUGUGGUGGCGCGGGCGACGAUGCAUAUGCUCUCGACCGAGCUUCUGCCGAGCCUCCAGCACAGCGACAAAAUUCAGGCGUGGAAUGCCUUGCUACGUCCCAACGAACGUCGACUCAUCCUGGCUGUGGACUGGCUCACGUUCUUCGAAGCGACGUACGCCGAUGCCAUCCACCAGAUCAAUACCUUGGCGCGUGUAUUCAUGUCCACAGGGCGCUUGCAUGCCGCUCACAGCUUGUUGCAGCGUGUGCCUAGUGAUUUGCUGAGUGCGCUGCCGUCGAUUCCCAUGGCGUCCGAUGAGCUUAUGGAGCUGGAUCACUGGCGCAGCUACUUUGAUGUGCUUAGCAAGAAUGUCCAGGUACGUGGCCUAUGGAGUGACUGUGCCCUGGCCGAGUCGCAUGCAGAGCAACAUGCAUGGACACAGGCGCUCGUCAGUGCCUCGGAGGCUGCGCGGCUGGCCAACAUGGAGUUGCUGGAGCUGGGCUGGCUCCAGUUCCCCCUGGUCGAGCCUGACACGCUCCGGCAGACGCAGCUGCAAGAGAUUCGGCGCAAAUAUAUCCCGGAAAUUGUGCAGAGUCUUCACUGGAUGCUGGUGGAUACCAGCCAGGUCAUCAAGGAGAACCUGGCGCAUGCGCUCGCACUGCCAAACCUUGUGGCCGACGAGCGCUUGCGGCUGUACAUGGAAUUCACGCCGACGUCGCACGCCACGACGCUGCAUCCUCUGCGCAAGUACUUGGACCAAGUGCGCGAAGCUUCUCUGAUCGCUUUGGACCGACGACAAGAUGUGUUUGGAUGCGAGCAUACAUCCACGGUAUAG